AUGUCACAAUAUUUUUUUUAUACAUGCCAAAGUGAUGGAAAAGAACGAAUAUCUUUUACAUAUCCCCCCAACCUUUCAACUUUUUUUGAAAUGAUACAAAAAAAGAUCCCUUCAUUUACAACAGAAAAAAAAACCUCGGAUCAAGUUUAUACUUGUUGGAGUUUGGUCAAUGAAGAAAAAAAGGAAAAUUUAAAAAACGAAUUUUUAAAUAGAAUUGAAGCUUUAGAUAAAAAAGGGUCUAUUGAAAAUAUACUGGAAAAAACAACUCGAUUUUGUCAUAACGAAACUCAAAAAGAAUAUUUACCUAAAAUUUAUGAUCCAUUUUUACAUGGGAUUUCGCGCGGAAGAAUCAAAAAAUUAUCUCCGUUCCAAAUCAUAACCAAAACCUAUAAAAAAAAGAAUAUAAGAGGAUCUUGGAUAAACAAAAUUCAUGCUAUACUUCUGAAGAUUAAUUCUCAAAAAUUUGAGCAAACAAUAGAAAAAUUUAAAAGAAAGUCUUUAUCAAUAGAGAAAAAACUUUAUUUUUUUUCCGAACCCCAAGAAGAAAAAAUUCAGUCAGAAGAAGAAAUAAAAAUUUUCAAAAUUUUAUUUGAUGUCGUUAUAAUUUAUAAUAAUGAUCAAACUCUUAUAAAAAAUUUUAUUGAUUUCCAUGAAAUCAAUAAACAAGUUCCUCAAUGGUCAUACAAAUUAACAAGUGAAUUGGAAGAAUUGGAAGCUGAAACUGAAGAAAAUAUACCAACCGAACCUGGAAUUCGUUCAAGAAAAGCAAAACGUGUAGUGGUUUUUACUGAUUUAAAAGAACCGCAUAACGAGAUUUAUACUAAUCUCAAAGAUAAUCAAAAUUCUGAUCAAACAGAUGAAAUGGCUUUGAUCCGUUAUUCACAACAAUCUGAUUUUCGUCGAGAGAUAAUUAAAGGAUCCAUGCGUUCCCAAAGGCGUAAAACUGUUAUUUGGGAAUUUUUGCAAGCAAAAGCACAUUCGCCCCUUUUUUUUGAUAGAAUAGAUAAAUUUUUUUUUUUUUCGUUUGAUAUAUGGGGGCUAAAAAAAAAAUUCUUAGAAAUUUCAUGUGGAAAAAAAAAAUUUUUUGAUAAAAACGAAGAAGAACAAGAAGAACAAUCAAAAAAGAAGAACAAAGACGUAUAGAAAUUGCGGAAACUUGGGAUAGCUUCUUAUUUGCUCAAAUAAUAAGAGGUUUUAUUUUAGUAACUCAAUCUAUUCUUAGAAAAUAUAUUAUAUUACCUUUAUUGAUAAUAAUUAAAAAUAGCAUCCGUAUCGUAUUAUUUCAACUUCCCGAGUGGGAAGAGGAUUUAAAGGAGUGGAAACGUGAAAUGCAUGUUAAAUGUACUUAUAAUGGGGUUCAACUAUCCGAAACAGAAUUUCCACGAAACUGGUUAACGGAUGGUAUUCAGAUAAAAAUCCUAUUUCCGUUUUAUCUUAAACCUUGGCAUAAAUAUAAAUUUCAAUCAUCUCAGAAGGCUCGACUAAAAAAAACAAAAGGAGAAAAAAAUGAUUUUCGUUUUUUAACAGUUUGGGGGCUGGAAACUGACCUACCUUUUGGUUCUACCAAACCAAAGCCUUCUUUUUUUAAACCUAUUUUUAAAGAAUUAAAAAAAAGAAUCAAAAAAUCCAAAACGAAGUCUUUUCCGGUUUUAAGGAUUUUCAAAGAAAGAGCAACAAUUUUCCUAAAAGUCGAAAAAGAAAUUAAAAACUGGAUUAUAAAAAACUUGCUUUUUCUAAAAGAAAAAAAAAAAAACCUUUCAAAA